CACCGCUGUGUUACACUGCGGCAGUUGAACAGGAGAACAAGUAAAACCAAUAUGGCGGCGCGCACACCGCUGUCCUUUCGUUUUCCCCACAACCUGCUUCUACCUAAGAACCACAAGCUCGUCCACACUGAGGCGGCUGUGAAGGAGGCUGUUUAUCCGCCCAUCAAGCCCUCUCUCACGGCCAAGAGCAAAUCGGCCCAGCAACGUCAAGUCCAAGAACAGGUAGCGCGCAUAAAAUCCUCCCCGGUGGAGGAGAAGCUCCGGCUCAUCACUCGCAUCCAGCGGAAGAAAUUCGUCGUUUACCCGCAGACGUUCGCUCGCAACGCGGACAGAUGGUACCAGCACUUCACGAAGACCGCCUACAUCCCCGGCUUGCCUGACGAGCUAAACUCGCAGCGGCCGCUCGUUGUUGGGGAGGAGGGCUCGCAGUCUGCGCCAAGACAAGUCCUCGGCAUCGGGGAUGAGGCGUUUGAAGAAAUCCGCUCUUUGGUAACCCGCGUGAUUUUACAAGAGCACUGGCACGUGAAGAAGCGCAAGGUGUUCUUGUACCGAAAACAGGAACUCACCGAAGGGCCUUUUCUGAGGACAUUGAUCACUGCCCUCACCCACAGUCUCGCCAUAUACAACCCGCAGCUCCUCAUGUGUAGCCUAGAUCGAAAUCCUCAGGUGGGCUUUUACUGGCAGAGAGGAGAGAGGAUCAUCCCAAAGGGCCACAGGAGAGGAAGUCUGGAGCCCACCAGGUUCCAAAUUGACGACCAUCCGCUUUGCCAGAUUAGGAUAACAGAACAGCUGCCUCAGAUGGUCCCAAUGGAGGAUUCCUACAGCGCCGAUGUCCCAGACGUUCCCUACGCUCCCAACCUGAUGCCUCUGUUCAAGCGACAGUACACCAAUCACAUCUUCACAGGUUCAAAGCUUCCUGACCCGGCGUGUUACGGCCACACUCAGUUCCACCUGGUGCCAGACCGCUACCACAGAGACCGCAUGGCCCGAAGGCAGCAGUCAGAUCAGGUGGAGGUCUUCCUGAGAGCCAAUGCUCUCGCAAGCCUCUUUGCCUGGACUGCAGCUCAGGCAUCCUAUCAAGGUUUCUGGAACUACGAGGACGUGAGCCGACCCUUCGUGUCGCAGGCGGUGAUCACAGACGGCAAGUUCUUCUCCUUCUUCUGCUACCAGCUCAACACGCUGGCUCUGUCAGCACAGACGGACGUGGACAACCCCAGGAAGAACCUCUUGUGGGGCACGGAGAGCAUGCGUCUCUACGAGGGUGUGGAGGAUGAGCGGGUGGUGGGUCUGAACGACGACACCGUCAAGCUGCUGGUGCGCUUCUUCCUCCAGCAGUAGAAGAUGUUCCGGCAAGACGCAAUGCAGGAAUUUGUACAAAAUGUUGCAGAAAUCAAGUUGUAUUUAUGAAGAAAUAAAAGUGGUUUC